AGGUUAGCAACACUGACCCAUGGCCCAUGGGCAUGCGGCGAUACGCUGUAUAAAUCACAGACAAUGCCGAUGGUCAUAUCCACUUGUUUGGUGUCGGUGCUGGGUUGCUGCAGUGGGUGAAUGCUUGGCUGACUCGGAUGACCACCAUGGGGUGUUUUAAGUACACCUUGAUCCACUUAUCAACUCUACUUCUUCUGGCUCAUUGUGCAACCGUCAAAGACAUAUUUAACCUCAACACACGUGUGCCACGUGACAACAAGUACUACCCCCGCUACAGUUCCAGUACUACCAACCUCCAACCGCUAAACCGUGCUGUCAAACCGGAGGAAUCCCCCGAAAGCGAAUCUCCCGCCAAUCCGGUUGAAAAACGAUGCACCCGAUGUGACUCGAGUUAUUCCGAUUCGCGAUAUCCGUACGAGGCGAGGCCGAGGUAUGACGAACGUCGAUACCGGCCAUAUGACUAUGACGAUCGACGUUAUGACCGAUAUGACCGUUAUGACGAUCGGAGAUACGAUGAUCGGAGAUAUGACCGAUAUGAUGAUCGGUAUGAAAGGGACCGGUAUGACAGGAGGCCGGGGUAUGACCGCUAUGAUAGGGAUCGGUAUGACCGGUAUGAUAGGGAUCGGUAUGAUUAUGGGGGGAGGUAUGACCGGUAUGAUAGGGAUUAUGACCGGGGAUUUGGGUACGAUAAUCGGGGGUAUGACUAUAGGGAUCGGGGAUUUGGGGAUUAUCAGACGUCGGGUGGGGGAUGGGAUGGAGGGAGGGGGUAUGGAGGGCGGCCGGAAGGGGGAGCGGGGUACUGGGGGACUGGGGGGUAUGCUAGUGGAUGGAACUAUGGAGGAGGGAGGGACGAAGGAAGAGAUAGGGCUUAUGACGGCUUCAAACCGUGGGAUGAGACAUACAGAGGAACCUCUGGAUGGGAUAGCCAAGGUCGAGGAUUUUAUUUCGCAACGGGAAUCCCCGAAGUUGGGACCGAACAUUGGGGAAGUAAAGGAUAUCUAGAUCGGGACAGAAAUCCUGGACCUUCCGACAGCCAUCACACAUCGGUUUCCCCUCUAAUAACGAUCCAGCCGGUGGACGAUAAACGGUACAGUGGCGGAGGCGGAGGGGCAGGAGGUGGGGGUUAUUACCGACCUCGAGAUCCCUAUGACGGCUACCGGAGUACAAGCUAUUUGUAUGGAAGGCCGUCCUCGACCACCACCGACCAGAGCCCGGAAAAUGACACCGGAGUGACACAAAGUCCGGGACAAGACAACACCUCAGGUUAAUUUUAAGGAAUCUUAUUGUGCAAUUUCUUUUUCAAUCAAGUAGAUUUUAAUGUAUUUACUUACAAAACUGCCUUGUUUAUUUAAUCAACCAAAGAACAUUAACAGUAUUUCAUUUCUUGACGUGUAUUUAAUUUAAUUAUUUUAUAAUAAAGGUUUUUGAGAUAA